AUCGAGAGCCCACUUUCAUUGCCCAGUAAAAGGCCAGGAAUUUUGAAUGCGAAACUAUACAUCGUUGCUACACCCCAUCGAAGGCUCUAAGACUCCCAUACUGUGACCAAACCGGGCUACGCAGAGCUGCAUCAAGACUGCCACGACUUGCCUCUGGCCUCAUCAAGUCCCACAGGCCACAGAUCGACAGCGGUGGUUUCCUUGAGGGUGAUUACUUGAAAACAACCGAUUGGUAAUUCAUUUACAACUAUGACGGCGCGAUCCCUGCGUAAGCGCCCGGCCGAGAGUACUUCUACCAGACCUCCAACCAAAAAGAGGCAGGUUGAUGUAGUCAGCCAGCCGGAAGAGGACGGGUGGGAGGAGCUGCCACACAACUUAGGCCGUGUUCGAACCUCCAAAUCCAAAUCCGGGUCAGCACUGGCACAAGACCUCCGCGCUGUGAAAUCCGAGGAGAAGGAAGCUGAUGGGGUUAAGGUUGGAGAGCCUCCCUCCAAGCUGAAGCAAGAGUUGAAUACCCAAGAAACUGCUAUGGCUUCAGCCUCCGGGGCUGUAAUACGACGAACUCUACGCCCAAGACGAUCAGCCGUUCAAUUAUCCUAUCUGGAGUCAGAGGAUGAGUCCUCCAAGUUGAAGGCGCCAACACGGUCAUCCACCAAGGGAGUCGCAAAGAAGUGGGCGUCGAAAAAAGAGGUUGAGGACGAUAAUGUUGACUUUGCUGUCGAGAAGAGACCACGGACAACAUCAAAAAAGACUAAAGACAACCCCUAUGGACUUACUCCCGGCAUUACUCCUUUCCCAGAAUGGACAGCUCCUUCAAUAGCAGAUUGCCAAGAAGUCUUCAGUCAGUUAGCAAAGCUUCACGGAGACGCUAAAGCGCCUGACAAGAUACCUGCCCCAUCAUUGGAGGUUUCUGGCUGCGGAGAAGUUCCGGCUGUUCUGGAUGCCAUGAUUCGCACUCGGCUAAGCGCUCAUACGUCCGCGGCCAAUUCGAAUGCCGCUUUCAAAGGGUUGGUCACCAAAUUUGGGGUCGUCAAAGACGGGAUUGGAGAGGGUAGCGUCAACUGGGACAAGGUCCGGACAGCCCCGGUAGAAAGCAUCAUUGCGUCCAUCAAGCACGGCGGGCUAGCACAAACCAAGGGUCGAGACAUCAAGGCCAUUCUUGAAACUGUCUACCAGGAGAACAUGGCGCGGCGGGAUGCCUUCGUGGCGGAGAAAAAGACGGGGAAAACGGCAGAUGUGAUUGGAGCCAAGGACAAGACUCAGGGGCAGAAAGAUCUUGAGAUCUUGAAAGCCGAGCAAGGAGUUCUCUCAUUGGACCAUAUCCAUGGGAUGCACCCGGACGAAGCGAUGCAAGCACUGGUCAAGUUCCCUGGAAUUGGAGUCAAGACGGCGUCAUGCGUCAUCCUGUUCUGCCUCCAACAGCCCAGUUUCGCGGUCGACACACAUGUCUAUCGUCUCGCAGGUUGGUUGAAGUGGAUGCCGCCGAAGGCCACGAGAGACCAGACAUUUAGUCACUUGGAGGUGCGAGUACCCAACGACCUGAAGUACGGGCUUCACAAGUUGUUUGUUCAACAUGGACGAAGCUGUGUGAGGUGUCGGGCGAACACAACAGAAGGGACUGAAGAGUGGAACCAAGCUACAUGUCCUAUUGAGGAGUUUGUUGAUCGGGCUGGGAAGAAGAAGAUGGGAGGGAAGCCCAAGACAGCGAAACGGAGGAAGAUCAAGGACGAAGACGACUCUAGCAGUUGAUCAGUGUAAGAGUAACAAGUACAUAUAGGGCGCUCUAAUUUUUAUGUCUAAAUAUUGUGUAUAUGUAAUCCAUAUGAGGCCGCCAAGGUUGGACCUGGUUGUCCUUCGGAGGUUAACG